AUAUGACGCUUAUACAUAACCCCACGCAUUUGCAGCAAAAUGAACGUAAAAUGUGACUCCCUUGGGAUUUUAUUUUUAACUUGUUUCCCCCUUUAACUGAAAUCUAAGUUAGCCUGUUUGCCCGUUUGGGGAGAAUACCCGCGAGGGCGGUGAGUCUUCCCAAGGGGAGCACAUUUGGGGAGGCCCCGCCUGCCGUCAUGCGAACGAGUUGGCCGAGAAAUCUGUCGCUGAGCACUCGGCCAUCGGUCAGGCAGUCACUCGGGGAGUCGCUCGGAAGUCAGCCGAGAAGGCGGCCAACUGAACAGCUAUGUAAACCGCCAUACAUACACCCACCCGUGUUACUAGUUCCUCUCCUUCCCCCACGUGCACCGCCCAGAUGAUACCCACACCAGUUUCGAAGAAGAUAAGGAGCAGGCUGAGUUUGUCGAUCCAUAAGAAGCCCCACUUUUUGUUUCGCCAAAAUUUACUACUGGACAAAGAGGAAAAAUGGGAGCCCAAGUUAAGGAAGGGCCACCCUGAAUUCGCCAAGCAGUUCGACAUACUAAACCGGCAGGUCACGGGCUUCCGCAAGUACAAACCUCCCCCAGUGAAACGAGAAGAAACGAAAAGGAACUACGACAUAACGAACUUUCACGAAGUGAAGUCCAAGUUUAGGUUUGACAUAAAUGGGUUUUUCGAAGAUGAAGGGAACGUGUUCUGCCAGGAGCUCUACAGAACCGCCAAGCGCAUGUUCAUAGUUGGCUGGAUUAAGUGCAGGCGGCGAUUUGCCAUGGGCCACUUUCAAGGGGACGCGUAUGCCAUUUCCUAUUUGAGGCACUGGCUCGAUAUGUACUCUUCUCAGACGAACAGAAUUGACAAGCUACGGAUUUUCGACGAGAACCACGGGAUAGCUAGCUUCGAUUAUUACAAUAUCACCGUGGUGAAAGAUUACAGAAGCCCAGCGAAGAAGAAAAUGCACCUCAUUCAGAGUAAAGAUUUUUUAAAAACGAAAGCGUUAUUCAACUUGAAGUGA